CUUGUCCACAGAGUUAAAAGAUUACGACUUUUCAUUCCAAACGAUAUAUUUGAUGUAAUUGACACUGAUUUUUGUAAAAUAAAAAAUAAAAAAAAAUAAAAAAAAUCAAUAAUUGCUCCUUCACUUGUCCUUCCUUCAAUAUAUACCAAUCAUAGCACACUCAUUUAUCGGUUGCUCCAACUCUGCUAGAGGUACUACUGUUAGUCUGUUGUUCCAACAGACUGACUGAGUACAUUCCUCUCUGUAAUACAAUAAGAAUCCGCGCUUUAUAACUCCAAACUCGAAAGAUUAACCAUGAUUACCCAUAGUAAGAAAACAGCAAAUGCUGUAGGAGGAAAGACGGCAAGGGCAUGCGAAAGCUGCCUUAAGAGGCGCGCUAGAUGGUUCUGCGCUGCUGAUGAUGCUUUCCUUUGUCAGGCCUGCGACUCAUCAGUCCAUUCGGCUAAUGAGCUCGCAAGCCGACAUAAUCGAGUCCGCCUUGAGUCUAAGAUAAACAUACAAUCGUCUAAGCUAAUGAACACACAACCAUCCGCUUCCCCUUCGUGGCACCAGGGGUUCACGAAGAAGGCGCGAACCCCAAGAAGUAACAGCAAUGCGAAGGCGAACAAACCCUCGUAUAAUAACUACGAGAUGCGUGUUGUGCCGGAGGUUAGCAAUGAAGAUGAUGAUCAAGGAUCGAUUGAAGGGAACGAAGAAGAUCGAAACGAGGCGGUAUUUAGUGUUCCGAACUUGGAGGUAAAUGAUCCCUUUGAAAUUAAGGAGUUCAAAAAUAGUAACAACAACAAAGUUAGUGUUGUAGAAGGUGGUUUCGAAGAUGAUUUCAACAUCUCGUUGAUUGGUUUCGAAGGAGAUAACAAUGAGUGGGAAAACUACUUACCGGCGGGUUUUUUAGCCUCCGAUAACGAGUUAGCGGAGUUUGCCGCGGAUGUUGAGAGUUUGCUAGAGCACGAGGCGGCCGAGGAGGGCGGAAGAGGCAACGAGGAGGCGGAUGAUGAGCUACAACUUUUAUACCCGGGUGUUAAAAUUGAAGAAGAGGGAGAUAUUAGUGCUACAACUGAUCAUUGUUACUUUGAUUGGUCAAUAGAUGUUGAAAGUGAAAUGUUUAAUUUUGACUUAAAUCAAACUUAUGGAAAUAAUAGUAAUCAUGAUCAGUCUCAAGUUAGUGGUGUCGAAGAAGAUGAGGAAGAGGAUGGUAAGAAAAUGGUGGUGCCAAAGCACGAGGCGGCCGAGAUGGAGGAGGAGGAGCUAGAGGGAGGUAAAGAUAUGGAAGCUAAUAAUAAAAGGAGGAAAAUACUAUUGAGAUUAAAUUAUGAUGAGGUUAUCAAUGCAUGGGCUAGCCAAGGUUGUUUAUCACCGUGGACCACCGGGCGGCGGCCGGAGUUUGAAUUUGACCAUCAUGGUUGGCCCUAUUGCAUGGGAGGUAUGUUCCCUACCGGAGUUCCACACCCUCAAGGAGAGGGAUGGAUGGGAAUGAGAGGAAACGCGAAUGGUGGGGACGAAGGGAGAGAAGCAAGAGUAUCAAGAUACAGAGAAAAGAGAAGGACAAGAUUGUUUUCAAAGAAGAUAAGGUAUGAAGUUAGGAAGUUGAACGCUGAAAAGAGGCCUCGAUUGAAAGGACGGUUUGUCAAGAGAACAUCUCUUUCACAAGUUGUAGGAGUGGGUGUUGAACCCACUUUCCCUAAUUAUCACAAUAAAUAGCAAUUUUUUUUUUGAGGAACAAUAAAUAGCAAUUAGCAUGUAAAUUAGUCUUUGUUUAAUUACUAUAUAUCAUUGUCAAAUAAUCCUAAAUUAGUACGAAGUACUUAACAAGUUUAUGAAAUCUCGUGGGCAUGUAUGCGGUGAUGAUAAUGUAACGGCUCAAUACUUUGCUUAGUUGUAAUAAAACCAAUUACAAGUAUCGCAUGAGUGUAUAAAUUUUUUGUUUUUAAUGAACUUCAUGGACACGGGUGUCCAAGGUCUUGUACUCUUGUUUUAAAAUAUCGAUUAUUAGCUAUAACAUACGAAGUAUUUCAUGGGAAUACUUUGAA